UGACGAAGAAAGAAAAAAGCAGCUGUAAACUUCUGUAACAUCUACGUGGAUUGUCAUAGCUCAAUAGACUUUUCUCGCGUGCUCGCGAAGCUGAAGCUGCUGUGUUUCCUCUGAAUGCUUUAUAGGCUCGCUCGGAAGCGCGUGCAAACCUGCCCUAAAACCCGAUCGCGUCGGGUGCGGCUGUACUCCCCUAUUCAAACGUCCCGCCCGACGCUUGAAUUGAAGUAUAUUGUAUCCUGCCUGUAUCCCUUUGACUUAUUCCUGAUAUUGUUGUUACGAAUACGUUGCUCCAUUUUUAUUUCCAGUAUGUCAAAUCUUAAGCAGCUGGGGAACCAAGCGUUUCUCAAUGGAGACCUGAAGCAAGCACUUAAUUUCUACACGCAAGCACUAGACUGCCCACCCCCUACCGAAACACUUUCUGCAGAACAGAAACGCGUAAUCUUGUCAAAUCGCGCGCAAACGUAUCUUGAUUAUACAGAUGUAUACGACGCGUUACAGGAUUGCAACGUGGCGUUGUCCCCUGAGUACACCAAAGAAGACUCGCCGAGAGCAUUGACAGCGAAAUUACAUCUACGCCGCGCAAAGGCUUUGUUCAAGCUUUUGCGUUACGCAGAUGCCCGGGAAGCCUUCCAGGCCUUUGAAGGUAUUCAUCGCGAUCUUGGCUAUGACAUCCGACCUUCGGAAAGAACUUUUGCUAAUGACAUCGACCGUGCGUUGAGAAUGCCGCUCGAUGAUCCUCGAACAGAUAAAAUCGGGCUUGCAAGGACUGUCAUCGGUCGAGGUAUGAUCAUUCAAGAACGUGAUAUGUCUAACUUCCCCUCCUCGCCAUCUGGGGGCCCAGACGAUGAAGAUAUGGUCACUGGCUUCGAUAUGAAUUAUCCUGGCAGAACAAAUCGGAUGGAGGAUGUGCCGCUUUCUGUUCUGUUUAACUUCCGUAUGCCCUUCCUCCAAGAUCUCACCUCGCCCAACCAGAAGUUCGGAGGCAAGAUCCCCAUUCCCGAGUAUGCCACUCUAGGCGAGGCCAUAGAGAAUAUGCUAGGUUCACUAGCGAUCGGCUCUCCCGUUGAUUUAGGAGCAGGACGAGGACGGGACUGGCUUAGACAGGCUGUUGCAUACUACUCGAACGAGACAAGUACCAUAGUUCUUGUAACACAUCAUGGACGGUUCUCGGCAAUUCCUCACUCAAUGAAGGUGGGCGACAUUUGGCCUGAGGCCAGGUGGCCGCGUCAAACACCUUCGCCCUUAAGGGACUUGAGGAAGACUCCUAGACAAAGACCUCAUGAGAUCGACGGCGUUGGGUUCUGUCAGGGAUACACCGUAGAUCUCAUGGUUUUACCCAAUGAUCGGGUUCAGAGCUUUGUCGAUGAUUUAGAUUCGAAAUUCAGGUUGAUGGGCAUGUGAGAUGCUAUCGUGCUACUUAGUUCAGGUUGGGAGUAAUUCUGGAAGGAUAUGUAGAAUGCCGUUUAGUAUAUUGCUUAUAGCAAUCGAUCAGAGACUGCUUAACAUGCGCCUCAGAUUAUCAUAUGUC